AUAAACUUAUAAAUUUACGAAAUAUCUUUUGAAUUAAUAAUUUUUAAAAAUGAUCGAAGUGAAGUGUAGACAUUGCCGUAAAAAUCUUUUUCAAAACGAAAGUUUUACAUUGCUUACAUCCCAUAAUGAAGAUAAAAAUAAUAUUGAACAUACAGGAUGUGGUGACAAUUUUAUUGAACAUUUCUUGUAUAUGUCCACGGAAAAUUUGCCAACAUGGAUACAAGAAAUAAUAGAUCAAACAUCCUGGACAAAAGGAAGAUUAAAUUGUCCAUUUUGCAAUACUAGAUUAGGAUCAUUUAAUUUAAUAAUUGAUACAAAAUGUAAUUGUGGUAUAUGCAUAGUACCACCUAUUAGACUGAUUCAAAGCAAAUUAGAUGUAUUAAAUGAUAUGAAGCAUUAUAUGCAUUGACUAAGAAAUAUAAUAAGAUGAAUUUGGAGAUAUCUAAGUAAAGAAUUUUAAAAAUGGAAAAAAAUGGUAACAAAUGAAGGUAUGUUUUAAUUUAUAAUUGCAAUAUACGAGAAUGAAAUAUCUUUAUUGUAUUAUUGAAACUAUAAUGUUUUUUUCUGUAAUCUUUGGAAAAAUAUGUUUACAUCAUAGCAAGCAGAAUGCAUGUAAAAAUAGAAAAUAAGUUCAUUAUUAUCAUUGUAUUCUUUAAAUUAUGAAAUUAUUAUCUAUAAUUCCUUAUAAUAUUUAUAAAUCGGCAUCUUAUCAUCAUGCAUUUUAAAUAAUUAUAUUUUCAACAUAUUAUUUUAUCUUUCUUAUUUUGGUAUAUUCUGAAUAAUUUAAGUAUUUGCAUUAAUUACAGAUGUUAUUACAUAAUAGGACAUUUUCUUAACUAUUCUAAUCUUUGUUAUUGUAGUUAUUAUUUAAUCGUUACAUCAAAUGAAAUGAUGCAUUGCAAUUCCCAAGCUAACUAAGAUAGGAAGAUUGUAAUAAUAUCAGUAUUCUGCUAUCAUAGUGUCCAAAGUUGUAUAUAACAGAGAAAUUAUAUACUUGCAUUUGCAAGUGUUUAUGUUUUAUAGAUACAAGUAUAUAUAUAUAUACACACAACACUUAUCAGCUACACCAUAGAUAGUGAAUAAAUGUAUAUAACAUCUUUGCAGUCCUUAAAAUUAUAAAUUGCUAUUAAUGUUAUAACUAAAAUAUUUCUAUAUGAAAAUGUUACAAAUAUUACUUCUAUAUUUUUAUCUUAUAAAUCAACAAAAAUGUAAAUAUGAUUCUAACUAAUUUUAUGAAAAAGAUUACAUACUUAAAGGACAUUAAAGAAUUGCAGAUCUUUUCUUUUUCAUUUUGUUUCCAAAAAUUACUAAAUAACUUUCUCAAAAUCUGUUCUACUAUAUUUAUAUUUGCAAAAACAAAAUAAUUUAAUUUUUCUUUAGAAUA